UGUGCUGCUGGAGUCUUCGUCAACGUCUUCACCUUCUUGGCGUCGUCAGUCAGGCAGUCUUCCAGCUGUCCUGACUGGGAGCUGUAGUUCACUCUUGUGAACUGUGAAGGCUGUUACUAAAUAGAGUGCCUCCUACUCCUCGUGUCUCUGAGGCAGUCACUACGUGAUGGCGAUGUGGAGGCUCCGUGUGUACCAUGCCUUGCGGGUCCUGCCAUGUGCUAUACGUGGUUACACGUGCCAGCACAGCAUGCAGGAGGGGCAGCCUCAUGUGCGCAGGAUAUUGGUUGCUGCGACGCUUGGAGCUACAGCUGCUUCACUGUCCACUGCCCUCAUAUGGAAGCAUGUGCGUGUUGAGGCCGAGGGUUCUGUGAAGGAAAAAACUGAGAAAAAUGAAGCGAUGGAGACUUCGGACCAAGAGAGCGAAUCAAGCGAUGGAGAGCAAAAAGAAGAUUGCAAGAAGAAAAAACAGAAGGUUGGCUUCAGGGAUCGCAGGGUGAUCGAGUACGAAAACCGCAUUCGGGCCUUCUCGACGCCAGAUAAAAUUUUCCGCUACUUUGCAACGCUUAAAAUUUACAAUGAGAGCGGCGAGUCAGACGUGUUCAUGACACCUCAGGACUUUGUGCGCUCGAUUACACCCAACGAGAAGCAGCCUGAAAAUCUCGGUUUGGAUCAGUUCAUAGUUAAGCGCUAUGAUGGCAAGGCUGGCCAACAACGUUCAAGAAAUAAGAAACUGGCUCACGAACGGGAGAUGUUUGCGGAUGAAGACAGCAUUUUCCAUGUGCUGGGGGAAUGUGGCCUGAUCUCUUUCUCAGACUACAUCUUCCUAACAACUGUUUUGUCCACUCCACAGAGGAAUUUUGAAAUUGCAUUUAAAAUGUUUGACCUCAAUGGGGACGGAGAGGUGGACCUUGAAGAAUUUGAAAGAGUGCAGAGCAUCGUGCGCUCGCAAACGAGCAUGGGCAUGAGGCACCGCGAUCGCUCCACCACGGGAAACACGCUCAAGUCUGGCUUCAACUCUGCACUGACCACCUUCUUCUUUGGCGAGGACCUCCGCGGAAAGCUCACCAUAGACAAGUUCCUGCAGUUCCAACGCCGUCUCCAACGCGACAUCCUCAAACUGGAAUUUGAGAGGCAAGAUCCCGUGGACGGGUACAUUUCGGAGAGAAGAUUUGGAAACAUGCUCUUGGCCUACAGUGGGGUCAAGUCCAAAAAACUCACGCACAUGCUCAAGCACGUCAAGAAGGAGUUUAAAGAUGGGCCGGGAAUCACUUUCGAGGAAGUUCAGAACUUCUUCACGUUUCUGAAGAACAUCAAUGAUGUGGACACAGCCUUAACAUUCUACCACAUGGCUGGAGCAUCCAUUGAUAAGUCCACGAUGCAGCAGGUGGCACGGACUGUGGCUAAAGUGGAGUUAUCCGACCACGUGUGCGACGUAGUGUACACCCUCUUCGACUGCGAUGGAAAUGGCGAGCUCAGCAACAAGGAGUUUGUGUCAAUCAUGAAGCAGCGCUUGAUGCGAGGACUGGAGAAACCCAAGGAUAUGGGCUUUACGCGCCUGGUGGAUGCCAUGUGGAAGUGCGCCAAGGAGACCACCUGGGAGUUCCCCAGCAAGAAAACGGCAAAUGUCAAGGAGUGACGUCCUAACACCAGGAACUGUUUCUUGCCUGGGCACAAAUUGGUCUUUUUCACCUUCGUUUAAUCACUUAGGCUUGAGUAUCCAAAAUAUGUUAUUGUAAGCCUGAGAAAGUAAUUUUAAUUUUAGAACUUUCGUGACUGCAGUAAAUGAUUAUUUGGUUCUUUCGGUUAAGUCACGUCUAAAGAUAAAAUAAUAAAUUAAAUUAAAUAAUAGCAUACGACGUUUCGAUUGCAACACAAGCAAUCAUCAUCAGGUAUAAUGAAAUAGCGACAUAAAAUCUAACCAGAAAACUAUAGACAGACAUAUUAGCAGGCAGAUAUCACCAAGAUACAUAGAGGGAGCAACACAGGAACCAGAGAGGGGUGAUCAUCUCUGUGGGGUGGCCCCUCUAUGUAUCUUGGUGAUAUCUGUCUGCUAAUAUGUCUGUCUAUAGUUUUCUGGUUAGAUUUUAUGUCGCUAUUUCAUUAUACCUGAUGAUGAUUGCUUGUGUUGCAAUCGAAACGUCGUAUGCUAUUAUUUAAUUUAAUUUAUUAUUUUAUCUUUAGACGUGACUUAACCGAAAGAACCAAAUAAAAAAAAAGAACCUGAGAAAGUAAUUUUGCAUUGUAGAGAUUAUAAGCGCUUUGGCGCAAUGCUCAGAGGAAAUUAUGGUGGUUAAAUAUCUUGGCGGGUCUUAAUGAAUCUCUAUUAACACGCCACCCUUGGCCCCACUGUCUCAGUCAUGGACCAGAUGAGAUGGCAUUCGUGUUGUAUAUUCUGCACGGACAAAGUUUAUUGCAUGCUUCUGCUCCAUACUCUUCACAUUUCCAAUUAAACCUUUGACAUUGUUCUUAAAUAGUUUUUGGAAGUAAUAAAAAAAUUGCAUGCUUUGGCUAAUUUAUACUCUGCAUGUAAAUUGCAAUAGUUAAUGUCUCAGUUGGAAUCUAUGGACAAUUAGUUUUCAAAACUUAAUUUUCAUGAAUAUCAUUACCACCUUUUUGUUUAAAAGUUACUGGGAAACAGUGCAGCUGUAUUAUUUAACAAUGACAUUUUUCUCGUGUCCAUGUCACAGUUGUAUUUCCUAUAUUUUACAUUAAGGCCAAUUUGAAAGUAUUGUACUUGAAAACUAAGAUUGGACAAUCUAUCCUGAAACAUUGCACAAUGUUUAAGGUUUUGGAGAAUGCAAUUUAAAGAUCCCUUGGCCACUCUGUGUGCCGAAAGAAGCGCACUAGGUGUGGUUAUUGUGUAUGCAACUAGCGUUGCUGCAUGCCGUGUAAGUCCAUAAACAUUUAAUUCAUCUUGCAGCUAAACCUAAAUGCAUGUCGCUCUGUAGUUCUUUCCAGAAGGUUGCCAACAAGUAAGUAAGUUCGCUUGCAUGAGUGUUGUGUUACUUAAGCCAGAGCAAUACGAUUAACUGUUUGUGUCCAGAUUCCAUGCGAUGUAUAUUUCACUUUUUUAAAAAUGAAACCUUGGAGGUAUUUUUUUUUGUAUACAUAUAUACCGUAUUGGAUGUAUUUGUUUGCAGUGCUGAGUGUUUCUGAAUAAAUGUGGGUUUUUAAGAUGA